CUUCACCGGUACAGAUGACUGACAAUUCUACAGCUCUACAUCAAACUAACACAACACAGCCACCAGAGAGACAAGCAAGGAGGCAACAAGGAGGACAUGCACUCCUAUCAGAUGAGGAUAUCAGCGAUGAGGUUCAUGUGGUCGGUGUCGGUGUUGGUGCUUCUGCAGCCUGGAGUUCUCGGAGCGAGGAGGUUUAGAGGUGGUCGUAACUCCCAGCCCCGUCGGGUGCUGCCCUCAGUGCCAUAUCGGGACCGAGGCGACACAACUGAGAGCUUCUCGCUGGAUUUCACGGCGGUGGAAGAGAACAUGGACAACUUCAUGACGCAGGUGAAGAACCUCGCGCAAUCGUUGUAUCCGUGCUCUGCGCAGAAACUCGACUAUGAUAUGAAGUUACACUUUUUGGAGAAUACAUCCGUUACAUGCAAUGAUGGGAGUCCAGCAGGUUACUACAUAAAAGAGUCCAAAGGAAGUAGAAGAUGGCUUAUAUUCUUAGAAGGUGGCUGGUACUGUUUUAACAGAGAGAGUUGUAACAGUAGAUAUGAGACAAUGAGACGCCUCAUGAGCUCCACAAAAUGGCCAAACACAAAGACAGGCACAGGAAUACUUUCUCCCCUUCCAGAAGAGAAUCCACACUGGUGGAAUGCUAACAUGGUAUUCAUACCAUAUUGCUCCAGUGAUGUAUGGAGUGGGGUCUCUCCAAAGACGAACGACAGUGACUAUGCGUUCAUGGGAUCUCUGAUUAUAAAGGAAGUGGUCAAGGAGUUGUUGACCAAAGGUUUGGACACGGCCAAGGUGGUGCUACUCGCUGGUAGCAGUGCUGGCGGUACAGGAGUGCUGCUGAAUGUGGAUGCGGUGGCGGACUUGCUUGCGGAGCAGGGCUAUGGGGGCAUCCAGGUGCGUGGUCUGUCUGACUCGGGCUGGUUCCUGGACAACAAGCAGUACCACUGCAGCGACUGCCUGGACACCCUCAGCUGUGCCCCAACGGAGGCCAUCAAGAGAGGCAUCAAGUAUUGGGGAGGUGUCGUCCCAGAGAGCUGCAGGAAGGCCCAUGAGGGGGAGGAGUGGAACUGCUUUUUUGGUUACAGAGUUUACCCAACUAUCAAACGUCCCGUGUUUGUGGUGCAGUGGUUAUUUGAUGAAGCUCAGCUGACCGUAGACAACAUCCACCUAACGGGCCAGCCCCUACAGGAGGGUCAGUGGAACUACAUCCAGGAGCUCGGGCUCCAGCUGAGGAACACACUCAAGGACGUCCCGGCCAUGUUUGCUCCUGCCUGCUUGUCUCAUGAGAUCAUCACCAGGAGUUACUGGCUGGACGUGCAGGUGAAAGGCACCUCCCUCCCCCGCGCGCUGCACUGCUGGGACCGCAGUUUCCAUGACAGCGCCCGGCACAGCAACAAGACCCCGCCCAGGGGAUGCCCCAUGCACCUGAUUGACAGCUGCCCGUGGCCCCACUGCAACCCCACGUGCCCGACCAUCCGGGACCAGUAUAGCGGUCAGGAGAUGAGCGUGCUGCAGUUCCUCAUGCACAUGGGCUUCGACGUGCAGGCCAUGGCCCAGCAGCAAGGCAUGGACCCCAGCAAGCUACUGGGCAUGCUCAGCAACGGCAGCUAAUCGCCAGGGCAACAGUGGGGAUGGUGCCAUCAUCACCCUCCCUUCCACCCAAAUCACCCAACCAACUGCCCUAGAUUCAUAUGGGGUCUCUCAAAAGCUGCAAACCUGGAACCUGAAAACAUGCACACACGCACACUCACACACAGACACACAUACACACACACACACACACACAUACACACAUACACACGAAAGCACAUACCAGAAUACACGUCUGCUAACAUACAUGGUGUCACACACACGACCCAGCACCCUAAAGGUCUGUCAUUACCAGUCGGACUCAGACACACUUGAACAUUUCACAGGUACUGGAGACACACACAACCUUGACAAAGCACACCUCACUGCUACUGGCCUUUAACUUAUCUUUUGGUUGUAAAAGAAAAAAAGUAAUAUCACGAAUGUAAUCCGGUUUUAAGGAUACUCUAAUGUGUUUAUAUUCUCUUUUUUUAUCAACAUUAAGGUUUUAAUUAUUAGUGUUUUGUUUUGUUUUGUAUUGACAUUUUUUUAAGAAGGUGAAAGAGAUCAAAAACAUCAGUGGGUAUGAUGAAGUAGUCUUUAGAAACUUUAUGAAGUUUUUUUUUUUUAAAUAACAGUGUAGUGAAGAAGCUUUCCUCAUACUAAACAAACAUCCUCAAAUGACAAAUAUACACACAGGUAUACACACACACACACACACACACACACAAACAAUAUACACACACACACACAAACGGCUGACAAAAAGAGCUCAGGAUCUGUACUUUUCAAACAAAUUAGAAUAAGCUCCUAAAUAUAGACACUCCCUCUUCUCUCACUGGGAGUGAUAGACUAGGGAGAAGGCUUGAGCCUCACAUCUCUGUCUCGUCUCUCUCUCAUUUCUUUCAUUCCACUUCUAAGGAAAGAGAAGAAAGAGAAGAAAGAGGAAAAGUGAAGCCUAAUUCACCUCAGUGUGUUCCUCUCAUGUGAUUGAACAGCUGUCUCUUCUCUCUGCUGGGAAGGCCUCUGCCUUUGCUUAAAACACAUGUCCCAUGACUAGGACAGUCACACCCAUCAAAGGAUCUAUAUUGGUUCCUUCAUGAUGCUCAUUUCUGGUUCUGAUGGCUUAUAGCUUUUUAUAGAACCUGAAAACUGCUGGUAGAGACUGUAAAUUAAACUGCCCAGACCUGAACUUAAUACAACCUACUCAGUUGUACAGAUUGUUUUGUCUUAAAUUAUUUCAGGAUUGUGCAGAUAAAAUCACGAGAUCUCUGCUGCAGUGAACACCAUAAUAAUAAUAAUAAUAAUAAUAAUAGUGUUUGAUGUUUCCAUGAAUUAUUCAAGAUAGAUUUUAUCAGAAGAAAAUAACUUAGGAGAAAUGUUUUGCUGCUAAGAGUCUCAGUUGUGGUGCUUCAGAUAUAAUAAGCAGACAUCAGCAACUGUCUGAAGAGUGUACAUACGGAGUCAUGAAACCUUUUUACCCAAACCGCCAGCAUGCAUUCAGAGCUUCAUUUAUCAACCACAAGACCACGGUGCUGAACACAGACAUUCUAGACAGGUGUGUGGAGGUGUCUCUAGUUUUCAUUGGAGCUCUUUGAUGUCAUGUACUUAGUACCUGUAUGAUAAGUUUAACUGCAAUGUAGUAGAUGAGUCAUCAGCGUCGAUGUGUGGUAAACGUUCACUGAUUCAACCCUUCCCCCAGCGCCAUGGCUGAUGUGUCUGUGUUGAUCAGAGUAACUCACAGAUCCACCAGAGGACUCCCACUGGAAUACCCCUCACUGAGCCGCUCUGGUUACUUUAUCUGUUUCUCCUGAAAUGAAGACACUCUGGACUAUUAAAAUAUUUAAUAGAAAAACUUUUUUUUAAUAAAAUAUUAAAUUAAUGCUUUAUGUAACAGUCUAUAUUUUAAAGCUUAUGGAUACAAAAUAAUAAUUUCUAUUUCUUAACAGACCAGACAUGAAGAGGUUUUACUUGUUAUUUUCAGUGUAACAUAUUUUAAUAGAAAGCAUUCAAGCUACUUUUCGUACGUUACAUAUUUAUUUUCUUAUGUAAAUCAUAUUUAUAAAAUGCUGUUUUCACAGAGAAGUGAUUCUUUGUAAAUUGUAAAUAUUUGUUGUUUUUCCUUCGUUCAUUGCAUGUCUUUGUAUCAAAAAGGACACAUUACAUUUAUUCCAAAGA